AUGGCACCAGCGCUACUUGAGAGCCCCAUCGGCGUAUCGGAUCGAUCAGUCGAUCGUGAGGUGGAAAAUCUGUACCAGAAAGAUAAGGAGCAGAGCGCUCAAUACAAGGAAGCUUUUGCCCAAGGAGCGAAGUCCACGAAGUACGAGAUCGAGCUUAAUGGAGAUGGAGAGCAUGCUCCGGCAGCUUACCCACAUUACUUACCAUAUUGGGACGAUACCAAAUUACCACCAUAUGAACCAUUUGAGGCAGUCGAGCCGGGCCUCAACGCAGACCCAUCAUUCCCAAAUCUCCUCGCCAAUGCCAUCGUCAAAGACUUGACUGCGAACAUCGGCGCCGAGGUGGACGGGGUCCAGAUCAGUAAGCUCACCAACGCCGGGAAGGACGAACUCGCUCGCUUCGUCGCGGAGAAGAAAGUCGUUGCGUUCAGGAAUCAGGAUUUUGCAGACCUUCCGAUUCAAGAAGCCCUCGACAUCGCGGAAUACUUUGGUCCCUCACAUAUUCAUCCAACUUCGGGAGCACCUAAGGGCUUUCCGACAGUGCACCUUGUGCAUCGCAGUGCAAGCGACACUACAGCUCAACAGUACUUCGAGGAGCGCACCAACAGCAUCACGUGGCACUCGGAUGUCACGUACGAGAUACAGCCACCAAGCACAACAUUCCUCUAUCUCCUUGACGGCCCAACAGCCGGUGGCGAUACCCUAUUCUGCAACAUGGCGGCUGCCUAUCGUAGACUGUCUCCAGAAUUCCAGAAGCGUCUGCACGGUCUGAAGGCUGUACACUCAGGUCACGAGCAGGCUCAAGCUGCUCUGGCAAGAGGAUCUAUCGUGCGCCGUGAUCCAGUGAGCAAUGUUCAUCCGCUCGUCCGUACACAUCCUGUCACCGGGGAGAAGGCCCUCUUCGUCAACCCCCAGUUCACCCGAAGGAUCGUCGGGUUCAAGAAGGAAGAGUCCGAUUUCCUGUUGAAGUUCUUAUACGACCAUAUUGCCUACUCCGCUGACAUGCAAGCGCGUUUGAAGUGGGAGAAGGGAACGGUGGUCGUCUGGGAUAACAGGGUGACCGCCCACACUGCUUUGCUUGACUGGGAAGAUGGACAGCGAAGGCAUCUGGCGCGAUUGACUCCUCGUGCAGAGAGGCCAUUCGAGACGCCGUUCGAGAGCAACUAG